AUGGGUCGCUACACGGGGAGAACCGCCCGCCUGGUGCUUAUGUGUGUGGUCAGCCUCUUCCUCUUUGUAGUAGAGUUGGCAGUGGGGUACAUAGGGAAUUCCCUGUCACUCUCCUCUGAUGGCUUUGCCGUUCUCUCCCACCUCAUCUCCAUGAUAAUCUCAUUGCUGGGGGUCCAUUACAGUCGGGUGCAGUGGCACCAGAGGAACACGUAUGGCUUCCUCAGAGCAGACGCAGUUGGAGGUUUCGGCAAUGCUGUCUUUGCCACCGCUCUGAUGUUUAGCAUCCUGGUGGAGGCCAUCAAGAGGUUCAUAGAUCCACAGAAGACUGAUGAAGCCCUGUUGGUCCUGAUCGUAGGAGUCGUGGGCCUGGCCAUCAAUAUAAUAAACUAUCUCAUCUUUAUGGACUAUCUAUCAUGCUCUCUCUAUACAGUGUGUAAUCGCAAGGCCGAUGCCCUUUCCCGCUCAUGGGAGCAAGAAAAUGAGGCCGGUGACUCUUUAAAUGAAGAAGACCCCGAUCUGGAGGAUGGGAAAGAUGAGAACGAUAAGAAAGCAGAUUCCCUCAACAUUAGAGGGGUCCUGCUUCACGCUCUGGGGGACGCUCUGGGGUCCGUUGUUGUCGUAGUGGCUGCUGUCAUAUUUUACGUGAAACCUUUACCCAAGGACGCACCGUGUAACUGGCAGUGCUACAUUGAUCCCAGUCUUACAGUCGUCAUGGUCGCCAUCAUUUUAUUCUCCGCGUAUCCCCUCAUCAGAGAAACAGCCACCAUUCUGCUCCAGAUGGUCCCCAAAGGUGUCAGUGUUGGAGACAUCGGUCAGAAAAUCGCGCAGGUGCCGGGAGUGAGAAGUAUACAUGAGAUCCAUAUCUGGGAGCUCGCCAGUGGAAAGAACAUUGCAACUCUUCAUGUUAAGUUCCAUUUCCUGUCAGACUACAUGGCAGCCAAUCGCGACAUCCGUAACAUCUUCCAUGCGGAGGGAGUUCACGCGGUGACUCUUCAGGCCGAGUUUACAGAUGAGAAGGACGUGUCCUUAGCGUGCGACGCACCCUGCAUCUCCAAGAAGUGCGACCCAAACCUCUGCUGCAGCCAGGAGCUGAUCCCGUUCACUGAAUCCAAUGGUCACGCCCUGAAGAAGGGCAAAUCCUCCCAAGUAUGGUACAGAAGUAAUGAGCUGAACACUGGGGUCAAGAUUACCAUUGACCCUCGGUACGCAGGACCUCUUGAAGGAAAGGAAAUCGAUAAUGGUUUGGAAAUGGAGGCACCAAGUUCUAAAUCAACUCAGUUGUAG